UUGAGCUAGUUACUUUGCCGGUCAAUGUUCCUGUCCGAAACGACAGAAAUCUUCUUGCUCUGCUCAGUGCUUCCUUCUUGCCUGCCUGGCCGUGGGUUCCGCAUCGCCGCCUUGUGCUAGCCAUUCUCUCCUCCGGUGCGAUGGAUCCAGUUGCCGUCCUCUGCGAGUGCCUCCGUGCGCGAUGGAUCUAGUCGCAGUGCCCCGCGGCUGCCUCCGUCUCCGCGCGUGCCCGGGAUCUGUUCGAAGAUUUUCAACUUCAAAGAUGAGCUCUCGAGAUUGGAUGUACAGCAGUCGUCUUUGCAAUGAGUACCUCAGUGGCGUGUUGUCCUUCAUCAAUGUUGCAGAAUCGAACAUGAAGUGGCAGAAGAUGACAUACAUGGUGUGUCCGUGCGUGGACUGCCGAAAUGAUAAGAGAUUUCCACAUUCCAUGCACAUACACGCGCAUCUGAUUAUGAGGGGAUUCAAAGAAAACUACAAGAUUUGGAACAAGCAUGGUGAAGAUGGACUCAACAUUCUUGAAACGAAGGAGACGCUGAUCAGUGCCCAAUCCAUACAGAAGAUGACAUUCUUUCCGAUGCGGACAUCGAAGAUCUGGAUGAGGACACCGCUGCUGAUCUCGUGGACAAUGCUGAGCAGAUGGUGCGAGAUGCGGAGCCAAACAAUGAUUAUGAGUAUACCGACGGAGAUUUUGCAAAGUUUCAAAACUUGGUGCGAGACUCAAAGACACCCCUGUAUCCUGGUUGCAAUACUGAGUUCUCGGUAUUGAAUUCAGUGUUGAAACUUCUGAAGCUUAAGGCAACUCACUGUUGGUGAGAUCACAGUUUCAAUGCGUUAUUAAAGUUGUUGAAGAAAAUGCUUCC